AGUGGUAGUGUCAGUGGCAGUGCUAGUGGUAGUGGUAGUCCCGCGACAGGCGCGACUACUACGCGUAUCGCCAACUCCAACAACGCUGGCGGCAACAAUAAUAACAAUAAUAACGGGGACGUUGCGAACAACAACAACAACAACAACAACAACAAUAACGAGGGACACGCAGUGGUGAAUUGCGGGAGCGGGCCAGGGGCCCCGUUGACCGACAAGUUUUGCUGCCAC